UGUAUAGCUAGCUACUACGAUAACGAGAAAGGCUCGAUCAUCUCAAUGGCGCAGAUGACCACCUCAUUCUUGGAGAUCUUCAUCAUAGCGGCCACGGUCAUGGUGCUCGCCCCCGGUGGAGGAGCUGCUUCACCUCCGCCGAUGGGGAUGCCGGGCUGCCGCACCAUCUGUGGCAACAUCAGCGUGCCGUACCCGUUCGGCAUGGGACCGACCAGGUGCUACUGGCCAGGGUUCAACCUCACCUGCGACAAUACUACGAACCCGCCCCGGCUGCUGCUCGGCGGCGGCGGCGGAGGCAUCCUACAUGUGGAGGAUUUCAGCCUCUUCGAGUCCUUGGUGCUCGUCAAACGCACCCCCGGCGACGUAAAGAUCGACGGCGACGGCAACGGCUCAAUAUUCUCCGGAGGGCCUGACCACGGGACCUACAACAUCAGGCUGGCAGACACCUGGGUAUACCGCCAGAACGAGCUCAUCCUGCUGGGUUGCAACGUGCGAGCGACGCUGAAACACGGCAACGCCACCGUCAGCGCCUGCUCCAGCCUGUGCGGCGACGACCAACCCCAUCAGCACAAGUGGUACGUACCGUCCAGGCUCGAGAGCAGCAUGGUUUGCACCGGGCUCGGCUGCUGCCAGGCGCCCAUCGUCGCCGCGGCAGCAGCUGUCGGCGAGGUCCGGGUGCAGCUAGAGUGGUUCGGCCGGAAUCGCAGCGCCGACGAGGAACGGAUGCCCACGCGCGUGUUCGUCGCCGACAGGGGGUGGUUCGAGAAGAAACAGGUUUCCGACCCGCUGCUGCUUCCGAAGUCGUCGGCUAUGGAAGCAACGGGUAUCCCCGUGGAUGGAGUUCCCGUGUGCCUCAGUUGGGAGUUCGAAGCCAAUAUUUCUUCUUCACAUGGCCACGUCGUGUGUUAUGAGGGUACACGAGGAGGAUAUACAUGCAGCUGCGACAAUAACUACGAAGGCAACCCCUAUAUACCAGAUGGAUGCCAAGAUAUCAACGAGUGUGAGCUUCAUCCUUGCUAUGGUGGUGGUGUAUGUACCAACAGAGACGGAGGGUUCGACUGCGGGUGCCCACCAGGAACCCAUGGUGAUAAGGCCUUACCCGAUGGUUGCAUACCUUUUGUCUCCGUUACAGAAAUCGAAGGCGGUACAUGUGAAAGGACAUGUGGAGAUGUGGAUAUACCGUACCCAUUCGGCAUCGGUCCGUCGCACUGCUACCGGCCAGGCUUCAACCUUACAUGUGACUAUCCAAGCGACAAGCUCCCACGACUAUUACUGGAUAGCUACGGUGUCUUCCAGAUUCAAGAGAUCUUCCUCCCAAACACCACAUUACAUGUUACUAGCUCUGUUGUUGUCAUUGAAGCCCCCUCCAGAAAUAACUACGGUUUUGAUUUCAAUGAUUAUUUCACAAGCCGUGGGGAUGCGCUCUACAUGUUGUCCACCCGCAAUGAGCUCAUUCUCUCAGGCUGCAACGUUCAGGCAACGUUACUUGGGCAUGACAAUAAUGCACCCAUCAUCAGUGGUUGCACUAGCUUCUGCUCCAAGGGAGAUGUCGAAGCCGGGAGAGUGCCGAUUUCGAGCAACAAGAACUGCUAUGGCAUGGGUUGCUGCCAGGCGCGCAUUUCCGAGCCUAUGGAGGGCGGCUUGCCUGGUUUGCUGAGCCUUGAGUAUACUGACCCCAACAACUUCCAGUUGAACAUGUCUCGACCCCCGUAUGCCCUAAUAGCGAAGGAGGGGUGGUUCGACAACCACCUUGUCUCCGACCAACAAAUGCAGUCACUUCGAAACAAGUCCAAAUUUGCACCAUCAGUUCCUAUUGUUAUAGAAUGGAAGAUGUUGCCAUCAGAAUCACUAAUCUUACAAGAUGUUGUUGAUCAUGUGAAGUCAUCAUCCGAUUUAAAUUGCCCCACGGAGGUUGCUGUUGACAUCUGCAAGAGCAAGCAUAGUAGAUGCAUGCCAGCUGGGAUGAACAAAGGCUAUUCUUGCCACUGUCGAGAAGGGUACGACGGCAACCCCUACAAAACCCAUGGAUGCAAAGGUCGCAACAUCUCAUCUAAAGGUAUGAAAGCUGCCAUUAUAGGAGUUGCAUGCGGAGUGGGUAUAGUUUUUUUUACUCUCACUUCAUACAUUGUUUCAAAGAAAUUGAAACAUCGGAGAGCACAUAUGUUAAAACGGAAGUUCUUCGAUCAAAAUCAUGGACAAUUAUUGGAACAAUUGGUAUCUCAAAGAGCUGGUAUUGCAGAAAGAAUGAUCAUAACGUUGGAAGAGCUAAACAAGGCAACACACAAUUUUGAUAAAGAUCUUGUGGUUGGUGGUGGAGGGCAUGGUACUGUUUACAAAGGGAUUUUAUCAAACCAACAUAUUGUAGCUAUCAAGAAACCAAAAACGGUGGUUCCGAAGGAGAAUGAUGAGUUUAUAAAUGAGGUUGCCAUCCUAUCGCAAAUCAACCACAGGAAUGUAGUAAAACUCUUUGGUUGUUGCCUUGAAACUGAAGUCCCAAUGUUGGUCUACGAGUUCAUAUCCAAUGGAACCCUUUAUGAGCAUCUUCAUGUAGAAGGUCCAAGAUCAUUGUCGUGGGCUCACAGACUACGUAUAGCCAUUGAAACAUCAAAAUCUCUCGCCUAUCUUCACUCAGCUGUUGCAAUACCUAUUAUCCAUAGAGAUGUCAAGUCUGCUAACAUACUUUUGGAUGAUACUCUAACAGCAAAGGUGGCAGACUUUGGAGCAUCAAGGUACAUUCCCAUGGAAAAAUCAGGUCUACAAACAAGGGCUCAAGGUACAAGAGGAUACUGGGACCCUAUGUACUUUUACACUGGGAGGCUUACGGAGAAGAGUGAUGUUUACAGUUUUGGGGUUGUCCUUGUGGAACUGCUAACCAGGAAGAAACCAUUUUCAUAUUUGUCCUCAGAUGACGAGAGUCUUGUUGUACAUUUUGUUACCUUGUUUGCAGAAGGGAAUUUGCUCCAAAUAUUAGAUCCACAAGUUAUCGAGGAAGGAGGCAAAAUAGUCGAAGAAGUGGCUGCUAUCGCAACAGCAUGCGUAAAAUUAAGUAGAGAGGAUCGUCCAACCAUGAGGCAAGUGGAGUUAGCACUAGAAGCCGUCCGUACAACAAAGGGACAUGUUUUAGAUAAUGCUGUUGCUAAUAAUGAUAUCGAAGUAGGUGGUCAAUCUAAUAAAUCAAUUAGAAAAGAUAAUCAGGGGUCGACAAGACGGUAUAGUAUGGAAGAGGAGUUCAUACUAUCUGCAAGUUCUCCUCGAUAGUUUUAGUUUAAUUGUGCCCAGGCAACAGAUUUCAUGUGCACACUGAAUAGCUUUGUUUUGGUGUAUAUGAGAUAUCCACUACUAAUCUUAGUGAAUUUGUGUUCAAA